GAACACUUAUCCCGGUAACCAUAUCUCCUACCACUAAGAUAGGUAUGUAACCAUUAGCUCUUAGCUCAGUUGGUACGCCUCCCUCAGUGGAUGCAUGAUUCGAGCCCCGUGAAAGACAGUUUGAAGUUCAGAGCUAUGAACAGCCUCUAAACUUCUCCGUGGACUAACAUAACCCCCAUUAAUGUGUACAAUAUUGGCAAAACAAAAAAAAGGAAAAAGAUAGGUAUAUGUAACAUUAGCAUUUGAGAGAUAAGAGGGAUAACAGGUGUGAUAUAGAUAAUGUCAUCGAGAACAUUUACGCACGGGAGUACCUAAUAAUUUUCUUUACCGCCCGGCCCCCUGGCCACUUUUAUAUAAACACCCCCCAAUAGAACUUUACCACACACACUUCUCUUACCAAAGAGUUCCAUUUUAUAGUUCUUUCAAAAACUCGCUAGGUUCUCAGAAAAAAUGGUGAACAAGGUGGCCUGUGUGGUGGUGCUAAUGUGCAUGGUGGUGGCUGCACCCCACGCGGAGGCGGCGAUAUCGUGCGGCCAGGUGGUGUCGAGCCUUUCCCCAUGCAUCAGCUACCUGAGGGGCAGCGGUGGGGCAGUGCCGGCGCCCUGCUGCAACGGCGUUAAAUCCCUAAACAACGCGGCUAAGACCACACCUGACCGCCAGACCGCGUGCAGGUGCCUAAAGUCUGCUGCUGGGGGGAUAUCUGGUCUCAACUACGGUCUCGCUGCUAGCCUCCCCGGUAAAUGUGGUCUCAGCCUUCCUUACCAGAUCAGCCCUUCCACUGACUGCUCCAAGGUGCAGUGAGGUUGAUGGAGGUGCGGAGUACGUAUCUAUUUAGCAAUAUAGCUAGAGAGAGAAAGCAUAUGUACACAUAUGCAUGAUGUACACAUAUGCAUGAAUAACAAUUGGUGACUCUCUCCAGAUUUGAGUCACAGUCCUGGUGUCUAGCUAGGAUCGAGUACGAGUAUUUACUGCUCUGUUUUAUCAUCUGUUUGGUGAUAUUGCGAUUCUCAUUUGUAGUA